AUGGAACAGGGGAGUGACCCUAACUAUGAUGCUGCCCUUCCUGACGUAAGCCCAGCUGUAUUGCAUCAACAGGGUAUGAGCCCAACUCACGCACACGCAGCUGCCGCUGAUGAUGCCCAAGAACAUGCUGGAGACACCACAAUGGUGGCUGGUGGUCAGGGAGCAGCACAGGCACAAGAAGCUGGAAUUGCUGUAAGGGCGAUGGCUGUGGCAUUGGCUACAGGCCAAAGCCCGGGCAGGGCUAGCUGGCCGAUGGAAGGCCAACAGGGCUCAGUGGAGGAGUCAAGACGCAGUCACACAGAAGUGAUGGGAUAUGAUGGCAACAAGACGGACGGCUCCAGCAUUCAAAGGCUGGGGGCUUUCUUUCAGGAGGUGAGGGCGCAGCAGCCUGCCCCUAUGUGGAAUCCUUCGCCGCUUGGGUCGCCUCCGAGUGGUGGCCGAGCGAUGGGGUCGCCGGAGUCAGAGCAGGGAGUGUGGAUGAACCAGACUCACAGUGAUCGACCUCUACUGUCCCGCGGUCAAAGGGAGCAGCUUCAGAGGAUGGAGCAGCGUGCCCCAUUGCUUUAUGGACAACAACAGCGAGGGAGCACUUAUGAAGCAGUGCAGCUACGUGGUGUUGUGGAGCAGUUGGAAGCUUCUCGACAGGAAGCUAGUGAGCUUAGGCGAGAAAUGGAGCGCCUGCAAGUGACCCGAGAGCUGGAGGAUCAAAGACCUGAGCAGGUAUCUUGCAGAAAGGACUGCCACAACGGAGAGACAAGCAGGAUCUUCUACGCCAAGGGCAUCGGGCUUAUUGGCAAGGACCUCUAUGUCGUCGGAGACUCCAACGUUUGCAGGACCUUCUACCAGCGGGGGCUCGGGCUUACAAUCGGGAACUACCACAACAAGUGUACCAGUAUUGCUUACAGGAUCUUCUAUGGCAGGGGGAUCGGGCUUACAGUCGGGUACUACCACAACGGCUAUCCCACAGUUGCCUACAGGAUCUUCUACCACAGGGGGAUCGGGCUUGCGAACAAUGCUUCUUCAGCAACAACCAAUGCCACGAGUGCUUUGCCAAUUGGUCUCAGUGCUACACCACCGGGUUCUUCGGACCCAAUGUCCCGUCUUCUGGAAGGCUUGGAGAAGGUGAUCAAAGGUGGAGGAAAGCAAGAGGAGCUGAGCAAGGUGGUGGAGGGACCAAAGUUGCCAGAGAUUUCGGACAGUUCUUCAGUGGACUUUGGGGAUUGGCUGUAUUGCCUGGAGCACACAAUGGGAGACAUCUCUGCCAGUAGUGCAGAAUGGUGGAAACUGGUUGUGAAGGAUGCUCAGGAGUACUACGACAAGUACCGGGAGGCGGACCAGUACGCGAGGCUGUCUAUGAAGCCUAAGCCGUCUUCGGGACUUGAAGAGGCCAAGUGGACCAGAGUCGAUAGAAGGGGCGCUUCAGUGCUCCUAGGAGCAGUACCGGAGGACGUCAAGAAGGAGCUGAUCGCUUCGAGGGCGAGAAGUACCUUGGAUGUGUGGGCUGGCUCGCUUGAUGGUGUUGUACCGAUUGAGACCCCGGAGCCUGGUGCUACCACCCAGAGGGCCAAGGAUUUGAAGCUCAGCAUUCCGGACCCUUCCAUCCUAGUGAAGGCGUUAGACGGGAUGUUGAAGAAGCCGGUGGCUGAUCACUCGGACGUGGGGUUUCGCAUGAAUCUUUUGCACUUGAAGGUGGACUUCCUGCCGUCGGAGGACAACGUUUUGGCCAUCCACCGAGCGUUCUUGGCUGAGUUCGAGCAGAUGGGGUACAAGAAGAACGCAAAGCAAGGAAUGGAUCCUACGCCAGCUCCUCGUUUGCGGGCAAUGGAAAACGAGCAGCCUCAGUUGCCUACGUCGCCUACAAAAGAUGGCAAGGGUGGGGCAAAGCCGUGCCGCUUCUACUUGUCAGAUGAAGGCUGUAGACGGGGAAAGGGCUGUCGUUUUGAACACACCAUGAAGGACCUCUCGAAAGCUGAGCGAAGAGAUCGAUGCUACGAGUGUGGAGCCAAGGGGCAUUUGUCGGCCUCGUGCCCCACUCGAAAGGAGCUUCAGCAGAAGGCUAUGGGAGUUGGGGACUCGCCCCAGUCAUCCACGGGAGGCACCAGUGGAAGGCGUGGAGGUGGCAGCCCAAAAGGCCCAAAGGGAGGAGGAAGCGAGGAAACCGAGCCAGUGAAUGUGGUGCCAGCAGAGGUGCCAACAACAGCUGCGUCGACAGCUGCAGGACUUCAAGCGUGGGUGAACGAAGUGUCCACAGAGGACAUGGAGGAGCCACUGGUCUUGAGGGUGGACAACACCGCGGCUUGUGGUUUGGCGACGACUUCACCGGGAUCAUGGAAGACCCGGCACCUCAAGGUGAAGGCACGCCACCUCAGGAUGGAGAUCAGUGAGGGCAGAAUCCAGGUGAUACACACCCCAGGUGAAGUCCAGGUGGCGGACAUGGGGACGAAACCGGUGCCAGUAGCAAGGCUGGUCGAGCUAAGAAGGUUGUGGGGUAUGUGCACGGCAGACGAGUUCGAGAAAAAGGACCAAGAGGUGAUCAUCAAGUCGUUGCAAGGCCCCGAGUACUACGACAUGCUGAGGUUGCUUGUGUGGCUCAUGCUGAUGAACAGUGUUCCCACAACGGAGGCGGCAGAGAUCUACAACAAGAAGCCUUUGGACUAUGAUGGAAGCUUUGAGUUCUAUGGGCUGUUGCUGAUCGGGGGUGUCGCUUUGCUAGGAAUCUGGGAGACGGUGAAGUGGGUGGCACACAAGCUCUUUGGAGAUGAUGAGGUGACCUUGGCAAAGGCCCGGAGGCUUAUGAGGAUCCGGAAUCAAGCGUCAAAGGCGCUUCAAGAAGAGUUGGCUUCAAUGAGUGCGAGCUCUUCAGACCCAAUGUUUGAAGAAAAGCCAAAGGCGACGGUGCCCAGUGGGAAGGAAGCGCCUGUGGAACCUUUGGGUGUGGGGGCCACAUUCAGCACGGCGCCUACUACACCAGCUACAUCCAGUGCGGCGCCUUCUACACCUGCUACGUACAGUGCGGCGGCUACUACACGGGCAGAGGAUGAUCCAGAUCUCAGAGCCACUUUGGAGCAUGCGCAGAAUGGGCAGUAUCGUCGUUUGAGGAAGAGCUUCGUGAUGUCCGAGCAUGGUGAUAGACUCCAUGCAGUGCCAAAUUGCCAUGGUUUGAGGCAUGCCAACAAAAGCAAGUUGAAGCAGAUGCAGGUCUGCUAUUAUUGCGACGGCAACUUCCCUCUCUACUACAAGGUGACGCAUGGUCAAGUCCUUCCAGAGGGAUAA